AUGAAACGCGGCCUUGGUUCCAGCGGCCAGGGCUCGCCCAAAAGCGAAGGUUAUCAGAACCAAGAGAAUAAGGGAAACCACCCCAUUAUCUCCAGUCUGAAUGAGCCCGUAUCACCUCCUAGGAGACGCUCUACAGCCAACAAAAAUCACAAAGCGCCAUUAUCGCCACAUCCACCGGAGGGAGCAGAAACCCGUACGCAAUCACCACCAAAUCUUGCUUCCAUUGAAGCAGGCCAAGUCGAAGUCACCGACCACCUGGGUAUCUUCUCCUCACAGCUAAGCCAAUAUGUCCGUCCAGCAGGAUUUCUGCAGUCGCCACGUCUUCAGAUCGCCGACUGGGUAGACUUAUAUCGCCGCAAUCUACAUCCCUACGGAAAGCACUUCCUGAUCCACCAGCACGAUCAUCCUGUUGCUGGGCCUCACUAUGACCUCCGGCUCCAGUUCUCUGAAACUAGUUCUGUGAGCUGGUCAGUGAUGUAUGGGUUACCGGGGGAUCCUAACAGUCGCCGGUUGAACCGGAACGCGACAGAGACAAGAGUGCAUUGUUUGUGGAAUCAUCUCAUCGAAACAGCAUCCCUAAAAACAGGCAGUAUGAUUAUCUGGGACACAGGGGAAUACGAGAUCCUCCCUUACCAGAUAGAACACAAGCAACCAGAUACCGACGAUUCUCGAUCAGAGGUCUCGGAUACCCCCUUAGACGAGAAGACCCAGAGUGAAAAACUUUGGGAAGCAUUUCAAAAUCGUAAAAUCCGACUUAGAUUACAUGGAUGCCGCCUACCCCCUAACUACACCAUCAUUCUCCGUCUGGACAAAGCAUCGAGUUUCACAAACACGCCUCAUGUCCCCCAAAAGCGACGAAAGCGUACUCAAUCCUCGACCCUCGCGAUCAAAAACAGACAGACCACCUCCUCAUCCUCGGAUUCAUCAUCUCCAGUUCCAUCUGAUGGAAACUAUCAAGAUCCUACUUCUGAUAAUCAGCCUUCAGACCUAAGUCCAGGCAUAUCCAAAGUCGAUGAAAACGCAGACUCUAGUGACGAGAUGGAUUAUCAGAUUCGUGCUAAUAAUGCCUAUCCUGGCUCUACCAACUCAAUCGGGUCUAUCCAUCAGCGACGGUGGUUUAUUACUAUGGAUCGUUUGAACUCUGGGUUCAUCGAGGAGACGAGCACCACACCGGGGAGGAAGAGAUGGGUACCAAAACGGGACCCAGAGACAGGGCAUAUAGUAACUGGGUUUGAACCGUUUUAUGUCCGGGGACCAGAUGUGGAGAGGAGUGUGGUGACAGGCCGGUUAGGAAGAGAAGUCCUGGAAGACGAAGAUGUAUCGGGAUUCUUACCUCGACGAGGAUGGAGGCCCGUGCUGCAGUAG